ACGUAAUCACGCCUAGGCACGACCAAGUCCCUACUCUUCCGCGACCGGUUCAACGACAAUCCUACAUUCGUUCCGAGAUCCAUAAUUACUCGCUUCAACCUCUCCGUGAUAGCGCACGACCACAACAACAACACGCACGCCGCUUCGGCAAAUCCUGUACAAUGGGUGCCCUUCUUUCAUUGCCGCUGAUGGCGGUGCCGAGCAUAGGCACAAUCUUGUCAUUCGGUGCCACCUGUUGUGGUGCGGCAACAUGCUCAAUGGUCUGCUCAGCAUGCGGGAAAUGCGGUAACAGCGUGGCGACCCGUAUUGGAUACGCCCUCAUCUUGCUAGUCAACUCGAUAAUGGCCUGGAUAAUGGAAACACCAUGGGCGAUCGAGAAGCUCCAACACCUCAUGCUCGACUACGUCAAAAUCAACUGCCCAACGGGGCAGUGUUACGGGUGGCUGGCUGUCCAUCGCAUCAACUUUGCCCUCGGUCUUUUCCACAUCGUCUUUGCCGGCCUUCUCUUCGGUGUCACCUCGUCCAAGCAGCCCCGCGCUGCUAUACAAAACGGCUACUGGGGCCCCAAGGUCAUCGCAUGGCUGUCCCUCAUCGUCCUGUCCUUCUUGAUCCCGGAUCCAUUCUUCCUCUUCUGGGGCAAAUACUUCUCUCUCAUCUUCGCCAUGAUGUUCCUCAUCCUCGGUCUUGUCCUCUUGGUUGAUCUGGCACACAGCUGGGCUGAGUACUGUCUCCAACAAAUAGAGGAGACGGAGUCGAGAGCAUGGCAAGUCAUCCUGAUCGUUUCCACUGUUGGCAUGUACAUUGGAUCCCUGGCCAUGACCAUCAUCCAGUACGUCUUCUUUGCCGGAUCAGGGUGCUCGUCCAACCAAGCCGCCAUCACCAUCAACCUGAUUCUCUGGAUCGUCGUCUCCUUCGUUUCGGUACACCCCGUGAUCCAGGAGCACAACCCCAAGGCCGGACUGGCGCAGGCCGCCAUGGUGGCAAUCUACUGCACCUAUCUCACCAUGUCGGCAGUGUCAAUGAAGCCGGAUGACACGGACGACAAACACUGCAACCCUCUGAUCCUGGCCCAGGGAACACGCACGACAUCGGUCGUCAUUGGCGCCAUCGUCACGAUGCUUACAGUCGCGUGGACGACGACUCGCGCGGCAACGCAGACACUGGGUAUGGGCGGCAGUGGCGGGGCUAUUCGUCUACCGGAUGAAGACCACCAUGACCUGGUGACAACGCAACCGGGCCGCCGUGAGAUGCGCGCCGAGGCAUUACGUCGCGCAGUCGAAGAAGGCAGUCUCCCUGCGGAUGCAUUGCUGUCGGACGAUGAAGAUGACGACUCGUCAAACAAGGCGCACGACGACGAACGCAACUCGACACAGUACAGCUAUACGAUGUUCCACAUCAUCUUUUUCCUGGCCACCGCAUGGGUUGCAACGCUCCUUACUAUGAACUACGACGACUCCAUCAAGGACGGCGACUUUGCCACGGUGGGACGCACCAACUGGGCCUCAUGGGUCAAGAUUGUCAGCGCGUGGGUGUGCUACGGCCUGUACAUUUGGACGCUGAUUGCUCCUGUGUUGCUUCCUGAGCGCUUCUGACCAAGUCGGCUGCAUUAACUCUACUCGCAUACCACGGGCUCUGUUUUAUUUUGUUUUAUUUGUUUUGGAGGUUCAUUGUCAAGCGCUUGUAUAGCACUCUUUUUGUGUGCACAAAUUCUUUGUCCAUUGCAUAUGUAACCACUACUAAGCUUAUACACUUGAUCAUUAGCCAAGCUCAACCAUUCGGAUCUAGUUCUAAUUUUCCUUGAAAGAAGGAAGCAAGUCUGACGCACUACAUUACCUAGAAAACAACACGAGUAUGUCCCCCUUCUGACUGAAUCAAUUUUGAUGCC